GACAAACUGUAUAUUGGAUGUAGAAACUAGAUAGCCUUGGGUAGCAGUAAAACAAGUCGACUUUAUAAGCCAUGUCAUUGGCUUGCUAUCAUAUCUGUCGGUCAUGCCACCGAAACUGGGUUAUUGGAAAAUCAGAGGCCUCGCACAACCAAUUAGACUUCUUUUGGAAUAUCUUGAAGAAACAUAUGAGGAACAUGCAUAUGAUCGCAAUGAAGUUGAUGCCUGGCGCAACGAUAAAUUUAAAUUAGGCCUGGAGUUCCCCAAUGUAGAAUACCAAUUUUACGGUAAUAAUUUAAUUAUCUAGCUUCCUUAUUAUAUUGAUGGUGAUUUCAAAUUAACACAAUCUAUGGCUAUCAUACGUUAUAUAGCUGACAAACACAACAUGUGUAAGCUAAAAUAGUAAUCUAUGUUCCUAGUGGGGGCUUGUCCAGAAGAACGUGCAGAAAUUUCGAUGCUUGAAGGAGCGAUUUUAGAUAUUAAGACGAGUAUUUGGACAAUUGCAUGCAAUAAGGAAUAUCAAACACUCAAAGUUGAUUUUCUCAACGAACUUCGUGAGAAGCUGAAAAUGUUCGAAGAUCAUCUGUCUAACAAAACGUAUUUGAACGGUAACUGCGUAACUCAUCCUGACUUUAUGUUAUACGACACUCUUGAUGUGGUUUUAUACAUGGACUCACAGUGCUUAAACGAGUUACCAAAAUUAGUUUGUUUCAAACAAUGUAUUGAAGAUUUACCACAAAUUAAGAACUACUUAAAUUCUAGCAGGUACAUAAAAUGGCCGCUGCUAGGUUGGAGUGCUACGUUUGGAGAUGGAGAUGCUCCUUCAAAUAAGAUUAACAGUAAAUCUUCUGGUAAAUAAAAUUUAAA